UCGUUUAUAUAUAAUGUGUUGUACUGUGUGACAAUUAACGAAAAUUGAAUUUUUGAAAUUGUUAUAAAGUGCGUUUUAAUUCGAAAUCGGCGGUUGCGUAAAGGAUGUCCGAUUUUGUUGAUGUUUUCGCGAUUAUCUCUCAAAUGACUUUCCGACUACUCCGGUAAGAUUUUCUUUGACUAUGAGGAGGAGGCUGUUGGGUUAAACUAAUUUUUUUCGAAAAAUUCGUUCCCUAGAAACGACAAGUACUGGCUUGAGGUUGCUCUAACGUAGUGGACUAACAAGUCAGUGCUAUGGGGAUGAUUAUGUGAUGUAUACCUUAAUGUCAGUGAUAAAUGUGGAAACGCAACCACCGUGGUUCGGUUAGUGAUAGUGAUAAAUAGUGAUAAUCAAAUGGAAAGAGGAAAAUGUAACAUGGAGAAGAAUAAGUUAUUGAUACCAAUGAAAUCAAUGAGGAUGCGUGAUGGGGAAAAAGGAUUUAUCCUGGAAAAGUUAUACGUUAACAACCACCAUAUUGAUCAAUUUCGUUCUUGGAGGAGGAAACGCACACGUCAGAAAAAAGGACAUCGAAUCGAGUUUACAGGACAUACACGACGUAGCGAUCGCUAGUUUAGGAGAUUUUUGUAACAAAAAACAAUUUAAAUCCCUUACGGUACCUUUGGAUACCCUCAAAUUCGAAUCUGUUCGACAGAAAGCUGAUUUAGCAGCUACAUUGUUGCAAGAUUUAGGCGUGGCUCAUCAUAACGGUUUGCAGGAUGCCAUCUCCAAGAAUCUCAUCGUAACCGAUAAAUCAGUAUUAUCGAGUCGUAUUUUAGCUAUAAACGCCUCCACGGGAUCAAUAGUCAAUUGCGCUUGGUGGCAAAAACAAAUCUCCGAUAUCGGCGAACCGAAAAAAAUAUCAGAUACUGGAAUGGAAAUUGGACAAAGACCUAACUCCGAAUAUCCUUGGUACGUAAUAGUGUCUCAAAAUAUUGGUGUUUGGUAUAUAAUCAGAUAUAUAUUUAGGUACGAAGACGCCGAUUCUAGUCCGGGUGUUCGAUCUCCGAAAUUCAUCGAAAGUCCUCCGAACGUAGCGUAUAAAGGAUGGUGGACGUUUCCUUAUUAUUCAUGUUCGAAUAGAAAAUGGAUCGUUUCUUAUAGCGUUCCGAUACCACCGCCAGGAAGAAGAGGAUUGAAAGGAUUUUUAAGCUUAGACGUGGAUGUAUCAUACUUGGAAGUAAAUCAAUGCGAAACAAUAAGAAAUCAACAAGUGAAUAAUGAAAUUAGCAUCUUCCACGGAUCUCAUAAAUGUCACAAUUUUAGUACAAAGUGUAUCUACAGAUCAAAUCUUAAUCAAGAAACUUGGACUAGGGGAAAGUAUCAUUGUGUUUGCAGAUCAGGAUUUUAUUCCGAAUACCACCAAGGCAUUUUUAAUGGAACAUUAGUUGAAAUUGCGUGGUCCGAAUAUUUAAAAACUGGCAGUAAAUCGUGGGAAUUGAUAUUCCAGUGUAAAAAAUGUGCUCCAGGAUGUCUUUUUUGUCAAGAUCCUUCACCCUGCUUAGCUACAUAUCAUUGGCCAUUCAGGAUCACUCUUCUAACAUUCUCGAUAAUCUGUGUGAUUUGUACUAUAAUAUUAAUCCUGUAUAUGUACAAACACCGAAAACUAAAAGUUUUCAAAGUCGCCAGCCCUAUAUUUCUCAGCAUAACUUUAUUGGGAUGUGCCACAAUGUACUUAGAGAUGGCAGCUAUUUUCCCAAUUUUGGAUCAAUAUUCUUGCAUAGCUACAAAAUGGUCAAGACAUUUGGGUUUUUGCGUCACAUACACCGCACUUUUGAUGAAAACUUGGAGAGUAUCUCUAACUUACCGAGUAAAAUCCGCUCAUAAAGUGAAAUUGACUGAUAAACAACUAUUGCAAUGGAUGGUACCAAUCAUCUUGGUAAUGCUGAUAUAUCUAGGUACCUGGACAGUAUCAGAUACUCCAAACACCGAAGAAAUCGUCGAUAACGCCGGUUUAAGAUUCAAGCAGUGUUUAUACAAUUGGUGGGAUCACAGUUUGGCUAUUGGUGAAGUAUUAUUCUUAGCUUGGGGCAUAAGGGUAUGCUACAAUGUUAGGAAUGCAGAAUCUUUAUACAACGAGGCCAGAUUAAUUAGUUACGCUAUAUACAAUAUCGCCAUUGUUAAUAUAAUGAUGAUUGCGUUUCAUUUAUUCAUCUUUCCAAGGGCCGGUCCUGACAUUAAAUAUUUACUUGGUUUCAUACGGACACAACUUUCUACAAGUACCACCAUAGCAUUGGUUUUUGGCCCAAAGAUUAUAAGGGUUCUUCGUGGUCAGGGUGAUCAAUGGGACAACAGAGCGAGAUCGCGUGGAGUAACAGCUUCUUUUUCAUUAAAUGGAAUUGGUCUUGUACCAGAAGAAGCACCAGAUCUGUUUCAAGAAAACGAAGAACUUAAAGAAGAAAUACAAAAAUUGGCUGCUCAAAUCGAGUUUAUGAAAAUCAUUCAUAUGGAAAGCAACAACCGGCACGUGAAACCGAAAAGCGGGGGUUAUUUUUCCAUUCAAAACACCACCAGUUUAAUUCAUAGUCCUUUGACGAAAACAGGUCUAAAUCAACCGACUAAACCACCGGAUGAAAUGUGACAACACCUUAAGGCUACGUACGGCCUUAGAGAUGUAACGGAAUCAGCGCACUACCUCAAAGAAUACGUAACAGGCGUCGAUUGGCUCAAAACGAGUUUUAAAGCUAAAACAAAAUGCUCAGAAGAGGCAGAAGUUGUUCCUUUGUAAAUAUAGUAAUAUGUAAGAAAACAGUAAUAUUCAAUUCAACUUCCCACAUUUUAUAAUAAUCGGUCAAUUAAGAACCUCAAUUAUAUUGAAAUUAUAAAAAAUUUGGUACAAACGUAAAAAUAUUGUUUUACUAAAAAUAAAAUUGUUUACAAUAUUUUUUAAACAAGUGACAUUUUUUAUGAAUAAAUGCUAUCUAUUUGGUACAUGGUGAUGUAUUGAAAACCAAAGUCAAACUAAUGAUUUUAUAACAAUAAAACGUCUCCCUUUUUAAUUUGAACAAUGUAAAUAGAAAAUUACUAUAAAAAAUUCUCAACAUUUUUUUAAAUUUACUUGAUCUCUAUGAAAAAUGACUGAUUUUUAUAUAGUGAAUAAUAUUAGAGAGUAUGUGCUUCAAAUUGUGUGAUAUCAAAUAAUUUUAAAAUAACAAGAUUGAUAAAAUUGGUGUAAUCUUCAAGUUUAUUCAACAAAAAUAUUCAAUCUCUCACAUGAUUUCUAUUAAUAAUUUUUUUUUAAAUUAGUGACAAUAUGUCAUUCGGAAGGAACUUGAAGAAUCAAUUAAAAAAUCUCGAUGUCAAUAUGUGUUGAAUAUAUAUAACAAUUAUAUCUUAGAUUUAAUGUAUAAAUUUAUAUAUUUUUCAAAUUAGACUGCCAAAGAAGAGUAAACUAAUUCUUAAUUUGAGAAUAUUAAAAUUAUUCAGGGGCUCCAGGAGUACAAUAAACUUUUUGAAAUACCAUAUUUUUCUUGCAGCUAUUAUAAGAUGGUCAAUCAAUAUUUUAAACUUUUCCUUCAGCAUUCCAAGAUGAGCAUAUUCUAAACUACAGAUGGAGUUUGUACUAGUUUCAAAUAAAAUAUGAUAAGUUUACUUUACUUUGUUAGUUGAAAAUAGUGUGCCAUUGUCGAUAUGUUCUAGAAAAACAUGUUUGUGAUAGAUAUUAUAUUCGGUACAAAAUGUAGUCGAUGAAAUACGACAAUACAUAUUUUUUAAAUGUAUAAAUUUUUAUUUUGGAAAUAUUAAUAUAGAUACGUAUUAAAUUGUUGUUAUGUCUAAGUAUUAAUUAUUUUUUUAUUUUAUGGAGAAAAAUAUAUAACAUAUUGCGGAAGAAAAUAACUUUUCCUAUGUUUUUAACUUUUUUGUUAUGUAUACAAAUUUUCAGUAGCAAAAUUAUAUAAGAAUUGUUUUCUCUUUUCACUCUGUACAUUCGA